UAGUAUACAUUUACAUUGUCAGCAGUAAGAUAGAAGUUAUACCGAGGAAAGAUUGCAUUGAUGGAUAAUAACGGAUUAAGUUUGUAUAACAUUGGGACAAGUUUAGACUUGGACGCUCUAACUCAAGGUGGACCGCAGAAUAACAACAACCACCAUGAUGAAGACGAUACCGAUGAUGACGGGGAGGAAGAAGAAAUUCAGCAACGAAAUGCAGAGCUCCGUGAUCUACUCACAAAUGCAUUUGAUGAUUUAAUUGAAGAGGAUGAAAGUGACUUGGAAACUACAAACCAACAUUUCUCAAGGCUGCAUUUAGAAAAAAGCCAGGAGUUCCAAUCUGAUUCUUCAAAACAAAGCAGAUCUCAAGGUCAAGAAUAUCUAGGAGAUUCUUUACAUAGUCCAAUACAUCGUCAACAAAGUGAAGAAAUGCCAGAACCUCUGCACCAGGAUACCCCAGCGGGUAGUGAAAGCAACUUGUCUUUUAGCGCCUGGUCAAAGAAUAGCCAUAAGAAGAAUUGUGUUAGAUUCAGUCCACUUGAGGAAAGUAAAACAAAUUCCUACAGACCUUCAUGGAAUCAUAGCAAUGAAGAAGAAAUUGAAAAACACUACCUCUCAUCUGGCCUAAAUUCUAAAGCAGAACUGGAAAUACUAUACGCUGCUAGGGGAACUGAAAUUAGCAAGCUCAAUUCUGAGAUCCAUCAUCUACAUCAUAAAGUGGCACUUUUAGAAGGGGAAAAAACUGGCAUGAAAAUGACAUUAGAAACAAGUGAAAGGAUUGUGCAAGAAAGCCAUCAAGAUAAUUUGCGUCUUAAAGAAGAAAUAACUGCCUUAAAUAAGCGAGUCAAAGAUGUGAUAGAAACAAAUCAACACCUUAUUUCUAAAUUACAAGCAGCCGAAAAUAAUGCAAUCAGUUUAGAGCGACAGCUUCUCGACCUUAAUUUACUUCAGGCUAAUCAUCGCGAUGCCAAUAGACAAGAUAAUUUGCUAAGCGGAAUUAAGGCGAGAUAUGAUAACGAUUUGCGAUCCCUCAGAGAUGAGCUCAAUCGCCUUCGAACGGAGCUUGACCACAAGAAUGAAAAUAUUUCGACUCUUGAGAGGAAGCUUCGUGACGUAACAGAGAUGCAUGAGCGCACUUUGACUGAAAGAGCGGCUAAUCUGCAAGAAUUCAAUCGCGCCCUCGAUCAACAGCGUAUUUUACGCGAACAACGUGACACGCUUACGAGCGCAACUUUGCUAGAUCAAUUAUCACGAGCUCAAGAGGAGAUCGAACGAUUAAAGAAGGAACGGAUUUCCCAAAAUUUAUCCGACUCGAUGAGUCAGAUGCGAUUAGGAACAAACAGAGAUCACUCUGAUGUCAAACAAUCGGACCGAAUUAUCAGUAGCCUAGAACAACGUUUGCAAACCUCUGAAAAAAAUGUUAAGCAAUUAGAAGAGAAAAUCCAUCAGCUGCAAAGGGAGAAAGAGGCGCUCAACCACGAAUUAAGCACGAUCGCCAAGAUACCUGUGCAAUCUAAUGACCAAGACAGCAAACUUAGUACGGAACUUAACAACGUAAAAGAGCUUUAUCUGGCUGUGUGCCGUGAGAAAGAUUCGUUGGAAGACCAGCUACAACAAAUGAACUCUGGCCGUAAAGAGUUAGAUGAAGAAAAGAAACAUUUAUUGCAAGAACUUGAGGAGGUUAACCGAAACAUGGAAGAAAACCUCAACAGGCACAAGGCCAUGAUCGAGGCGAAUUGGGAUACCAAAAUGCAGACUGUUGUUCAAGAACAUGUAGCUCGUGCUAGACUUGAAUGGCUAAAGGAGAAAACAUCCGGCCAGGUGGACGAUCUCGUUCAUGUAGAGAAGAGCUUAGGUGAACUUCAGUGUUUACGUGAAGCUAUGGAUGCCUUGCGCCAUGAGCGAGACAUUUUGCAGAACGAACUGAUGAAGCGCCAACAGCAGCUUAAAAUGGAACGACAUUUCUUACGGGAAAAGUUUGAAGUCGAAAAAAAGAAUUUAAUUAAAACGUGGCAAGAAAAAGUGGCUGCUGCGUCUAGGGUCGCUGCAGAUAAAUCAGAAAACCAACAACCUGAAAAGAGUCUAAUCACAGCUACAGCCGACGCUAUGGCUAGAUUAAGACAACAGUGUGAAGACGAGAAACUUUCUAUUAUCGCCAAUUAUGAAAAGCAAAUUGAAGAACUGCAAUCGAAUUCAUCAACACCUUUAACUUCACAAAUGGCAUCAAGUACUCGUUCGGCGCAAUCGGCACUGGAUUGGAAAUUAGACUUGUCCAAAAUAAAAAUAUGCCUCAGGAACAACCAACAGGUACCAACGGAUUUACUGCCCAACUUGGACAGCGCCAUCCAAAAGAUGGAAACAUCGCGGAUUUAUGAUCAAAAAGUGAUCCAAGAACAAGCUGAAAAGUACAAGCAUCUCAAACGGCGCGUUCGUGACUACCAGAAAUACGUCAAUGACAAAUUGGCCAAACACAAAGCCGAACGACAACGCAGUGAAGAUUAUUUCCGAACUGUCAUAUCGGAUUUGUUGAACAGAGUCAAUUCAGAGCUAGAAUUGCUCGAACAAGACCGCGCCAACGUCAACCGGGCCGCAAAUAUCGCCCCUAAUGUGCCUACGGUAAGGGCUACAGCCGCGUCCAAAACACCAACGGCAUCUACGCCUCUUGCUUCCCAAACUGGUGGUUUACAUUCCUUACCUGCAUCAACGUUUGCGCAAGGCAUAGACGACUUGCAGCAGCAAGUCAACCUAUAUGUUAGAGGCCUGACAAAUUUCACUAGUACUAACAAAUAAUUCAUCGAUUUUCUAGUUGUUUUUUUUUUGUAGUCGUCUUCCUCCUAUUAAACGUGGAGAUCCCCGACGAGCAAAUGUACAGUAUUGAGAAAGAGAAGGCA